AGCGUUUCGCGGCCGUGAUCAUGCGUAUCCGAGAGCCGAAGACGACUGCUUUGAUCUUCGCCUCCGGCAAGAUGGUGGUAACUGGUGCCAAGUCGGAAGAUGAUUCCAAGCUGGCGUCCAGAAAAUACGCCCGUAUCAUUCAGAAGCUCGGCUUCAACGCCAAGUUCACGGAUUUCAAAAUCCAGAACAUUGUCGGUUCCUGCGACAUCAAGUUCCCGAUCCGCCUGGAGGGCUUGGCUAGUCGCCACCACAACUUCAGUUCUUACGAACCCGAAUUGUUCCCUGGUCUCAUCUAUCGCAUGAUGAAGCCCAAGAUCGUGCUCCUGAUUUUCGUCAGUGGCAAGAUUGUCCUCACCGGUGCUAAAGUCCGUGAGGAGAUCUAUCAGGCUUUCGAGCUGAUCUAUCCUGUGCUUUCGGAUUUCCGUAAAGUUUAAAAACGGCCUUUCGGCUCGAACCAGGAAGAUCACGCCGUCGCCAUUCUUCCACCUUUCACCGAUCUGUAUUAACAAAACUUUUUUUUUU